ACUGGGAUAUUUUAAAUAGUUCCUUCAAAAAUGGGACAAAUUUCUUUUGAGGAUGAUUGCCUCGUCCGCGAGUUGGACAGUCGAUACUAUGGAUUUCUUGACUUGUCCAAUCCAAAAAAUGUGGAAAUAAAGAAUCUGGUUCAGCAGACAAUUACAAACUUACAAAACUACAUCGCUAAUGGACAAGUGCACGAUUUGAAGAACAGCCAUGACAAUAAAAAUGCUGUACAAAAGUAUGACCCUUCGAAUCUACCGGAUGAACAUAUGGAAAACACAUCGUCACAAAAAAGUGAAGACACCAAGCUUCCUGAUCAAAAAAUUAACGAAAAGGGUUUCAUUAGCGACCAAAAACCUCAAGAUGAGCAAUAUGUUAAUGCUCUUUGCAAACUUGGUCACCUGCAUCUUCUUCUUGGCGAAUACUCUGAAGCAUUAUCUGCGUAUCAGAAGUAUUUACGAUUCCGAGAAAAUAAUUACUGGACAAACCAUGCAUUUAUAUAUGGAAUUGGCGUCGCUUAUUUCAAACUGCGGUGUUUUAAAUGGGCCAUCAAAUCAUUUCAGGAGCUUUUAUACCUAAGUCCCAACUUUACAUGUGCAAAUGAGGUCCAUUUGCGUUUAGGUCUAAUGCUAAAACAUGGCGGGGAGUUUCACAUUGCCCUGAAACAUCUGCAACUGGCGCUGCUUUACACAUAUCCUUCGACCUUUUCAGAACUUCAGGUAAAAUUUCAAAUCGCGCAUUUGUAUGAAGUUCAAAACAAACAUAAGGCAGCGAAGGAUGGUUACGAAUUUCUUCUAAAUGAAAAAAAUAUCUCAUUGGAACUAAAAGCAGAUGUUUAUCGUCAAUUAGGAUGGAUGUACCAUUGCGUAGAAUGCCUAGGCGAAAAAAAGGAACGUGAAGCAAACGCAUUGAACUUUCUUCAAAAAUCAAUUGAAGCUGACCCAAAGAGUGGACAAUCAUUAUAUUUACUGGGAAGGUGUUACGCCGGCAUCAAUAAGGUCCAUGAUGCUUUCCUAGCAUAUCGCAAUUCGGUGGAAAAGAGUGAGGGAAAUGCAGAUACCUGGUGUUCGAUCGGCGUUUUAUAUCAGCAACAAAAUCAACCGACGGAUGCUCUUCAAGCCUACAUAUGUGCCGUGCAAUUGGAUAAAGACCAUAAAGCCGCGUGGACCAACCUGGGUAUACUUUAUGAGAGCUGUGGUCAAUUACGAGAUGCCUAUGCUUGCUAUUUAAAUGCAACCAAACAAAUAUCAUUCCAGAAAUCUUCAUUAUUUCGAAGAAAACAAGCAAUACGCAUGAAAAAGGACACAAUCGGACUGUCGAAGGGACUGUCACAGAGAAUCACGUUUUUGGAGGGCCAACUUAGUCAAGCACCAUUGCCAAGCAUUACAUCGAAGCGCCGCCAGCUGUGUUCAAUUGAAGAAGCUUGGAACCUGCCAAUAUCAUUAGAAAUGAACUCUCGCCAACAACAAACAGCGCAGAUGCUACCAAGACAGAUAACAAAGCAAAGUCCAAUACAGGGGCCACCUCCACCCUAUCCGCACAGCCAAGUCAGCCAAAGUCCCAUACCUUCGAAACGUAUUAAAGAAGAUGGCUCCAGCCAACCCGAAAUGAUGCAAAACAAUGUUCAGACAUCUUCGCAAUUGCAUCAAAAUCUAAUAAACAUUUCAGAGACACUCAACCAGCGCAAUUUCAACGCCAUGCCGGAGAGCAACAAGAAUUCGGAGCAAAGUGUUGUGGACACCUUCGAUGACAUCUCGAAUGAUAUUUAUAAACAAAAUGAGACUAUUAAACUUGAGCGUUUAAGCCAUGAUGCCUUGAGCAACAAUGAGGACUCAAAGCACAAUGAUUAUAAUGGUGAUGCAACCUCCGACUUAUCGACCACGUUCAAAAUUCAAAUGGACUCAAAACAGUUGAUGGCAGCUGUGAAGCUGCUGCCGAUCGAUGAACCGCCCGUGCACUGCACUAUUUUGCAAGUGAAUGCGCCCCCGCCAUCUCCGCCCGAUUGCCCACCGCAGAAACUCACGAGGGAUCAACUCCUUCCGCCCACUCCCUCUGUUCAUUUAGAAAAUAAGAAGAACGCGUUCAGCCCCCAGCUGCAGGAGUUUUGCCUGAAGCAUCCCAUUGCCGUUGUACGCGGCUUGGCAGGGGCUCUGAAGCUAGAUCUCGGUCUCUUUUCGACCAAAACACUGGUGGAAGCCAAUCCGGAUCAUAGUGUUGAGGUCCGGACACAGGUCCAUCAGUCGCCCGACGAAAAUUGGGACACUUCGCAGGGCAAGCGAGUCUGGGCCUGCAUUUCCCAUCGGUCUCACACAACCAUAGCCAAAUAUGCCCAAUAUCAAGCAUCCAGUUUUCAAGACAGCCUGAAGCUUAUUUUACCGCAGGAUGAAAGCGACAAGGGAUUUCCCGGCUCACAAGCAAUGUCGGACUCAGACUCCAAGGACUCGGUAUCCAAUUCAAACAUUGUCUUGAAGCGUAAAAAACACAAAAUAAACAGUAAAAUGUUAAGAUUCGGAACCAACGUGGAUCUCUCCGACGAAAAGAAGUGGAAGCCACAAUUGACAGAGCUACAAAAACUGCCAGCUUUUGCACGAGUCAUAUCCGCUGCCAAUAUGCUCUCCCACGUUGGCCACGUCAUUCUGGGCAUGAACACCGUUCAGCUGUACAUGAAAGUGCCCGGAAGUAGGACUCCCGGCCAUCAGGAGAACAACAACUUCUGCUCAAUUAAUAUUAACAUCGGUCCAGGGGACUGUGAAUGGUUUGCCGUCCCAGACGCCUACUGGGGCGGAGUUCACAACCUGUGCGAGAAGAACAACAUCAGCUAUCUGCACGGUUCGUGGUGGCCCGUCCUGGAGGAUUUGUACAAGGAGAAUAUUCCAGUUUACAGAUUUAUCCAAAAGCCCGGCGACUUGGUUUGGGUAAAUGCUGGUUGCGUUCAUUGGGUUCAGUCGGUGGGAUGGUGCAACAAUAUUGCGUGGAAUGUUGGACCACUAACUGGGCGUCAGUACUCUCUGGCCAUCGAGCGAUAUGAAUGGAAUAAAGUGCAGGCUUUCAAAAGCAUCGUGCCGAUGGUUCAUUUAAGCUGGAACCUCGCCAGGAAUAUUAAAGUCUCCGAUACCAAACUCUACGAGCUGAUUAAAAUGUGCUUGCUGCAAACGCUUAAGAAUGUUUUGCACAUACAAGAGUAUGUUAAAUCGAAAGGUGUGGAAAUACGUUUUAAUGGACGCGGAAAGAACGAAGCAUCCCAUUAUUGCGGACAAUGCGAGGUUGAAGUAUUCAAUGUACUGUUUAUUAAGGAGCAAGAAAAGCGACACGUUGUUCACUGCCUAUCAUGCGCCCUGAAACUUUCCCCUUCUCUCCAGGGUAUCGUUUGUCUCGAGGAGUAUCGCCUGUCUGAGCUGCAGCGCGUGUACGAUUCGUUCACUUUACACAGAACCCAAGGACUAGCAUACACUCAGUAGUUGUAACACGAGAAAUCAUUUUUAAUAAUGAAGAUUUAAUAUAUGUAUAUUUUACAACGUACAACCUA